CUUAAGGAGGUACAGAAAAUAAAAAGUUCAUUUAAAACUGUCCCAGGUAUAUAUAAAAAUAAAAAUAAGACAAAAAAGCGAUGGUAACCAUGAGAAUGUCGAGACUCCCCGCUGCUCCUCACCGAGUUCUCUGCAAAUCUCCGUGUGUUUAUCGCAGGGCCCUUUUGCAGCCUGGGAACCAAAGGCGCGCUGGCCUCAGUUGCAGGCGGACGUGGGCCCGGUCUGUCCGUCCGUGUCUGGUUCCCCCAAGUCUAAGAAGACAAAAAGUUCAGGCUCGCCGGCAUCACCGUGGCCGUCUCCGGCCCCAGUCCAAGGCCGCGGACUCUGCAGAUUUGUUGACCUACAGAAUGCUUCGAUGCCUGUAUUCUUGUAGACCAUAUAAAAAAUGUUUUUCACACUGGUUGGAAUCUGGCAUACUUAAUUUAGAUGACUGGCAAAAAAAAGUACAUACCACAGCAGGAAGAUGUAACGAAUAUAAAACCCAAGAGCAAGCAGUUCAAACUGAAGCUCAGGAAUUACACACAUCCCCAAACAGAGAUUCUGACCCAGUGGCUCAAUUGCAUAUUCCAGUAAUGGUGGAUGAAGUUAUUCGUUGUUUGGCGCCACAAAAAGGACAGGGGUGUGGCUGAUGAAAGAGGGUUCUGAUAAGCUGAGCUUCCUGAAAACUGAAGAUCUCUGCUUCAUCAAUGGAAGGGAGUCAAAUGACAAGCCUCAGAAGGGGACAAAAUGUUUGCAGAAGACGCAGGACUGUUAACCAAAAUGCACACACACACAAAAAAAAUCCCUGAAAACUCAACAGUACAGAAGCAGCACAAUUAAAAAAAAAGGUCCAAAGACAUUAGCAGAAACCUCAUUAGAGACGUUGCACAGAGGGCAGAGAAGCCUGUGAAAAGAUGUCCCCCUUCGUGUGUCAUCCAAAUACGCAGAUUAAAGCAGCACUGAGAUCCUACUGCAGGGUUACAUCUGACAGCAACAAAUGCUGGCUGGGGUGUGGAGCAACAGGAACUCUCCCUGCUGGUUGGAGUGCAAAAUCACAGAGCCACUUCAGACGACAGGAGGUUGGUUUCUCAAAGAACUGGAUGUACUCUUGUUAUGCAACCCAACAUUCACUCUUGGUAUUUUCCCAGAGAAACUGAAAACAUGGCCACACAAAGUCUACACCAAUUGCUGUGUUUAUGACAACUUUGUUCAUAAUCACCAGUACUUGUAAGAAAUCCACAUGUUCUUCAGUAAAUGAAUAGUGUGCUACUUCUAGAUAGUGGAAUAUUAUUCAGUGCUAAAAAGAAGUGAGCUCUGAAACAAUGAAAAAAAGUGCAAGAAACUAAGUGGAGAUUACUAUGCUGCAAAAGCCAAUUAGAAACAGGCAAAUUUGGUGGGUUCCUACUCCAUGACAUAUUGGAAAAAUAAAAAAAAAAUAUGGAAACUGAAAAGAUGUCAGGGAGGUGAAUCAGCAGUACACAGAGGAAACUUAGGUUAGUGAAACUACUCUGUGUACCAUUAUAUGUCCAAAUCUGUUAAGUACACAUCACUGCAAAGAUGUCCAUCCAGAUCACUUCCUCAGUUUAAGAAAUACUCCACCCUGGUUCACCUAGGGGCUGUUAAUGUUGGGGAUGCUUCGUUUUUAAAAAUUAUUUUAACAUGGAUAUAAUACUUCAUGGGUACAGUUAUCGUGGGGGAGUCCGUACAUGGAUAUAACGGAGCAACUUUUUGUGAGGAGGCAGUUUUAUAGUGGCACAGAGUUUGUGAUUAGUUGCUAAACUUUAAAUUUUCCUGUAAACACAAAAUUGCCCUGAAAAACAAAGUGUAUUGAAAAGAAAUCAUUGGUCCAAAUCGUAUCAAAGAUAAAUGUGUCUCCGUGGUGGAGGAAAAAUGAUACCCUUGCAUAUUUGGGAGUCAUCCUUCUGCUUCAGGAAACAGCGAAGACCUAAGACAGCAAGGGCUCCUUCUAUAUGGGAAGUCAGGCAGGGGAAGGAGAAAAAAGUGAGGUUUUUCCGCUGGAGCAAGGUCCUGUGAGUCAUCCAAGUCAUCCUGCCUACCAGCUGCUCUCUAUUUAGGUCAGCAUUAGCCCCUGAUCAAUAGUCUAAUCACAGCCGCUGCAAGAGGCUGAUUCUGCCUUUGCUAUUGUUCUUCUAAGUCCUGUAUUGUUUUUGUGAAGAGUGGUAGGAAGUGUACCUGACCUUUUGAGUUCUUAUAACAUUUUGUUUCAUUCGUCUUGUGCUGCCUUCUCACAUAACAAACUACUCAGCUGUAAUAACAUACUUAAAAUGUUACUUUGUAAUAAACUAAGUUACAAAGCCUAAUGGUGACUUGUCUUAAGCUAUUCUGUACUGUGUGUGUGUAUAAUGCUGCUGGUUAUUUCCCUUUGGUGAAACCAGCACCUUUUACCAAGGACACUAUGCAUUUCAAGAUUUUUAUGAAUGUUAUUUUAGAAAGUAUGUGUAUUUUUAUCGUUUUAUAGAUUCUGUACUUGUUUUUUAAUCUUCAAUGUUUGAAAUGUUGUUCAUUCACAUUAUAUACUCAUUUAGAUGCUUAUUUUAUCCUUUCCUUGCUUACUUGCUGUGUCACAUACAGUGUUUUUCUAUAUUUAUAAUUAAAUUCCAAGUUAAAGUCUAAUCUGUUUGGUAUUCAUUUUUGAUUAUGGAAAGCAAAAAAAAUUAUAGAUAUUAAAUAUAUUCAUAAAGAUGGAGAAUUUUCCACUUGAGGCCAGUGGCUGGGAGAGUAUUUUUAAUGGUAACAAUACAGACCUCUAUAAGAUUUUAUUUUGGGUAUGAUUUGAUUGUGUAAAGCACUUUUGGCUACUAUUUCCUGCGCUUUUCUUUAGUAUGGGUUUCAGUAGUAUUUUGCUCAAGGUGUUGUGUUAGACAUAGAAGUACGGAUGGAAAGUGUCUCUAGUGCUUCUGUUCUGCUGGUGCUUGACUUGCUUGAACUUUGUGGGACUUCGGUGCCUCUGGCUCCACCCACAAAAACAGUGGGUGGUUUUUGUCCUCUGGGCACUUCUAGCUCUGAGGCUCAGCCUGUGAGAGCUUCAAGGUCUAUACAGACACCCUACAGCAUUCAGCGUGACCUGGUGUCUCCUGUGCCCUGAGGCUAUGCCCGUCCAGUCCUUGGAGAGCACUGUGCCCUUGCUGCCUGCCCAGCCUGCUGCAGAAGGGCCCAUGCCAUGUCCCUGGUCGGCUUGCUGGCCGUGGCAGAGCUCAUACCCACUUACUUGAUCUCUCAUUCUCACCAGGAAACCGUUCAUUUUUAAUGACAGAGUGGGACGUGAAAUUGCUCAAAGGUAUAGGCUGACAAAUGCCAUUAAGUGACAGAGAGAGGGGUGGUUAGAAAAGGAUACAGGAAGGGUAGCAUAGGGGAGAAAACUGAAGAGGGUACUUUGAAGGAAAAAGGCGUGAGCACUCAGGAAGCAGACUUCUCUGUCUUCUCCAUACUGUCUGAUUUCCUCAGCGCUUAGCUAUAGCGUUGAUUUUAGCCUCGCUUUGUAACAGAAAUAAUAAAACUGCAGCUCACACCCCCAUUUUAACUGACCUUCAAGUGGUGUCUGAGUCUAUCCUUGAGUAGGGAUCAUGAUUUUGAGGGGAAAGUCUGGGUUUUCCUCCAGUCUAAGUUGACCAGGAUGUGGCUCAGUGGUAGAACACAGACUUAGCAUCCGAGAUUUGUGUACAAUCCCGGGCAUCAAAAUUCCAUAUAAACAAGAUAGCCACAAUGGUAAGCACUUCACUAAUGAGCGCAGCCAGCUUCUUGUACAAGGGAUUCAAAUGCAGAUUGAUGAUUUUCAACAGGGAGAGUGGAGAUGAGAGAUGUUUUAUGUUUUUGUAUUGGUGUAUUUAUUUCAGCAGCAUCAUGUCAGUAGUAGAAAUCAUAUAGCUUUUUCUAAAACUUUCCCCAGGGAACUACCAACUUAAAGACACAAUUGAUAGCGUAUGUUGUGGUUUGAACAUAAUGCCCUACAGUUCCUGAAUUGAACACUUAAUUCUCAAACUUGUAUCUUAAUAGUAGUUAUAGGUAAGGUCUUUGGGAGGUCAUUAGGAUUAGAUGAAAUCAUAAUAAUGGUCUUAGUGGCUUUAUGAAGAGGUAGAAGGCUAGGUUGUGAUGGUAUAUUUCUGUAAUCCCAGCUACUGGGGAAGCUGAGGCAGGAGGAUUGAAUGUGUAAGGCCAGCCUGGGCAGCUUAGUGAGCUCCUGUCUCAAAUCAAGUUAGAUAGUUAGCUAGUUACAUACAUACAUACGUACAUACAUACAUAGACAGAUAUGUAUAGCUCUCCAGGCAAGGAAAAGGAUUGGAGGGAAGGAAGAAGGAAAGAGAGGGAGGGAGGGGGAGGAAAGAAAGAGGCAGUCAAGCCGGGUGUAGCUCAGCAUUCCUAGGGUCAGUCUGGUGGGGGGCCAGGGAGAGGGGCCCACCCAGGCAUGCCUGCUCUUUCCCACCACGCAGUGCCCUCUGCUGUCAUGAUGCUGGAGAAUGUCCUCACCAAAGGCAAGAUGACACCACUACCAUGCUCUUGGGACAUCCCAGCCUCCGGAACAGUGAGCCAAAUAAACUUUAUAAAUGACCUGGUAUUUGGUAUUUUCCUCUAGCAACAGAAAAGAGGCUAGGGCCGCAUACCAAAGAAACAUUUUGUUUCAAGAUGUAUUCUAUGCAGGCAUUACAAAGUCUUUGAGACAUUUACAUCAGAGACUAGUAAGUUCUGCUUGCGGUGACCAUACUCUUGCAAAUCAGGAGUGACAGAUGAUUGGCGUGUCUGAUUCUCCACCUCCUGUGUGAUCUGUGUGUAGACUGGUACCAUUCUCGUCCUUUUGUAACUAGGUAAAGAAAAACAGUUAUCCAUCCUAAAUUUUGACUCAUUUUUGGUGUAUUCUGUGCUAAAUUUUCGAGCUCAAGUUAACUGAUUUGACACAUUUGCUUUUAUAAUUACCUAUGGAAAAAAUUUUAAUCCCAGUAUUUCAAGUCUGUGACAUGACUUGCAGUGUCUCUGUGACAAAGCUUAAUUGGAAGAAUUAAGUAGUUAAAUGAGAAAACAGUAAACCCAUUUUUAGUGUAUAUGUUUGAUUUUAAAUUAAAAUUGUUGCAUGUCAUAGAUACUGUUUUAAUGGGUAUAAUUUUUUCCUACUUUUCCUCUGUUGUAACUUCUUAUUUUGUUUUUUGGAAAAAUUUCUCGUACUCUAAUCUUUUUGAAGGGUAAGCUUUAGUUCACUUUUCUCCCUUUUUUUGGGGCGCUAGGCAUUGAACCUCGGGCCUAAACACUCAGCUGCAUUGCCAACCCUUUUAAAUUUUUAUUCUGAGACAGGCUCUCCCUGAAUCCCUAAGCUGCUCAGUCUGUGCAUGUCCUUGUGAUCCUCCUACCUCGGCCUCCCAGGGUGCUGGUGAAUUAGACUUCUUGGUUUAUUUGAGGUGGUAAUUUUGAAUUACUGGUUACUCUGUUUUACAUAACAGUGAUACUCUGAGUUAAUUUUAAUUUUUCCCCACCUAACUCUGUUUCUGAGUGCUUGUUUUGGGAUGGGGACAGGUGCUUCUUUCAUGGUAGGUCCUCAUCUAGCAAAGUCAUCUGGUUAAAUUUUCCAUAGCUCUACACACGUGAGGGGCGGGGUUUGCUGAAAGACAUUAGGCAGUAAAUCCCAAACCCAGAAUAUGCAUGGCUUGGAUGGCCUCCUGCCUGGCGCCCACUUGGCCUUAUUUGCAUAGGGACUUCAGGAGCUCUUUCCUGGCUAACUGAGGAGAGAUGGCAGCAAGCCCGAGGCAGGCCAUGCGCACUGUGUACGGACGUGUGUACACAGGAAGCAGACAUUCACUUUCCUGAGCAUUCAGGCGCCAAGGGAAUGUGCAGGGAAGAAUGUCUGAUGGAGGCCGAAGAAGCAUCUUGACUCAUGGACACAGGCUUGACAUCGUGGCCCUGAGUAGAAGAGUCACUUCUUCCUCUGGGAUGUGCAGUGACAACAGGUCUGAGGAGGACAGUUUUGUAGAGGAUGGGUUAGAAGGACUGAGGAUCCAGUUGCAGAGCUGUCUUUUCAUGGUGAGGUAGAAGACUGUUCAGGGUGCAUGGCAGCAUGGAGGCUGAGGAAGAUCCUGAUGGGAGAAGGGUUGCAGGAGGUAGAGCUGCCAUUUUCUGUGUAAUUUACUUUAAGAAACAGCGUGGACAUUGAUCUGACAUCAGCGCUUUGCUGGUGGACAGGAAGCAGUUUGGUGAUCCUGCUGGGCUCCAGGCUGGCUCGGGUUGAGGAGUCCCUGAGGGCACUGACCAACAGCAGGAGCGAGGCAUGAGGAGGUUUGCUUGCUGAGGCAGAGCCUGUGGUGGGGAGGUGGACAAAGACAGGCGGACUGAGGCUGCUGUGCAGGCAGCCGAGUUCCUGUGCCUACCGCAGAGACCCUGGCUGAUACUGGCUGAGGCGGCCGAUGUACCAGCUGCCUUUGCUGAAUUGUGUUUCAUUUCAUCUCAGAUGUCACCAUUUUCUCUUUGGAACGCCCAUGUCUCCAUGGUUAUGAAAGGGUAGGAGAGAUGUUUUCUAGUUACAUGAUAAAGACCAGGUUGAACAUUUCCUGAAAACGACUGUUUCCCACAUAAAGCCAGGAGUGUAGCACUAAGCGUUGCAUUUAAGAACAAUUAGGUUUGUAGGUCCCUGGGGUCAUGUUCUGUGGAGUCCCUAUGGGCUGGUAGCUGUGAGAUUUCAGAAGCGAGCAGAAGGCAGGACUGGUAUCCAGCAGAUGUGCGGUACAAGGGACCCUAGUACUGUGCUAGCCACUGAGGGGUAUUGGACCACAUGAAGUCCUUAGAUUUCAUCUUCAUAAACUGCUGUCUGGAAACAUUUUAAUUACUUAUUUUAAUUAAUUCAUAAUCUUUUUCUUGGCCUAAAACCUUGUUAAAUGGCUAUUGAUUCAGACACUGAAGACCAGUUGACUAAACAGAGGUGCUAGGUAUUUUUGCUGUAUCACAUGAGGCCCCUCCCUUCACCUUCAUUUUACCCAGAGAUCAUUUCUUACCUUUUUUUUCAAGGAAAUAAAAUUGGUUGCACCUUAAGCCAUAAGUAUUUUUUCUCAUGGGCUUUAAAUAAUUUCCUAUGCAACAUGUCUUGCAGCUGAAAGUAAAUUCUACAAAAGUUGCAGUAAAGUUUAUUUGGCUAUUAAAAGAGAAGAAAAAAAUAAGCAGGCCAUCUGGAACAUUGUCACUGACUGAGCAAAGCGAAGUCCGUUGUCUCCGUGCUUGAUGUUUUCCUGCAAAGUGGUGAUGACGAUGGUCCCCAUGUCGUGUGAGGCUUAAUCAGUGUCUGAGGGCAGUGCGGUUAGAACAGAUAGGGCUGAUACUGCAUGCAUGCUCCGUAAAAUGUGUGUCUACUGCUUUUAUGACUGACUCAUAAAGAACGAGGCAGCCUACAAGGAGCACGGUGGGAGGUGGUGAGAAGAGGCAGAAGCCCAAGCGAGGAUGCACAUGUGGUUGAAGGAAGUCUGAGAAUUUAGGCUGUCAGUGCACAGUGACUUGGCUGCUGAGGGCUGAGGGUGAUGAGACGCAAACCGGGCAUCUUGCUGGAGAUUUGUGUUUAUAAACAGCGCAACUGUGAUAUAACAUCUGCCUGUGUAGGCUGACAGAGUCACGUUGUGCUCACCACCUAAAUACGACAGUGACUUUGCUAAAUGUGACUUGAUUUUCUGAAAUGGACAGAUAUUCUUGGUAAAGUGCUUCUCUGUUUAUUCAAGUCACUUUCCUAGAAAAUUUAAUCUGUAUUCAAUCUUCCUAAAAAGGACUUGUGUAUAAACACAAACACUUUGCAUUCUCAUCCCUCAGCGGAAGCUGCAGAGAGCUGACCUUGUAGGGUAGGAUGGUGAUUAGCAGAGUUUCAGAGGGGAAAGGAGAUGGGAUGAGAGAAAGGUCAGGUGAGGGACGCCGAACUGCAGUCAGGUAUAAGGAAAGACUUGCAGUGUCGCACAGAACAGCUGGUGGCUGAGGUGUUUCACAGAAAGCUGGAAGAAGCAGAGUGGAGGCUCCCCAUAUGAAGAAAUGAUGACUAUUUCAGGGGGAAUACUCGUUAUCCUCGUUUGACUGUGACCUGCUGCACACAUGUAUCAAAUUAUCACACUGUCCUGUAAGUCCAUGAAACUAUUUGGGUCAACUUUUUGGGAAAAAAGCAUUAGAUAAUAUGAAAAACUGUUUCGUUUUGUUGCUUUUGCGGCCCUGCACCCUCAUAAAUGUACAUCACGAGUCCUACAGGGCGAGGGUGGUUGAGCUUUGCACUGUGGCUCCUACACCCCGUUCACACCUGUUUCCUCUGAUGCCAUCCGCUCUCUCAAGUCACCGCAAUGUGUGCAGGUGCUCACAUUAAGUGUCCCUGGCUGGGGCAAGAAGCGUCCCUCACAGCCUUCUGUGAAUGAGCACACAAAGAAAAGUCCCACCAUGUGUGUCUAGGGACUUGAGUAUGACAGGCCACGCAGCAGAGGCAGAGUCACCAUCCCCCAGCAGCAGCUUGUGGGUAGAGCCUUGGUAUAAAGUUGUUGUGGUGCCAGGUGGCAAUUUCCUUUCCACCUCCACCUGCCAGUCACAGUGCCCCCUCCCCAGGCCACCCAACUCUGGGCUCCUUGGGUGCCUGUCAUGUUGCCAUCUGGUAGCCCAAGUACGAAUUCUGAAUUGGAUUUGUGGGAGCGUAAUUUUAGCAUCAUUUUUAAAACUAAAUUACCAUUGCCUUUCUUUUUGCUGCACUUUUAAAUAUUCCUUUUCAUCCAAAGACAGGUACAAAUGCUACGUGAACAUUUAUUUCUCUUUUUUUCUUGCUGUAAAUAAAUGCUUGCUUGUGAACAUUUCCAGGUGUAUAAAAAGUGUGCAAUCCAUGAAGGUGUUAUCACAUUGUCAUCUCUUAUCCAAGCUGAUGAACUUGGAGUGUGAUCACUUUUGGCUAAUUGUGAUAAUCCUGGUUGCUUUGGAAGAAUCAUCUCCUCUGCAGCAGUUCACCCCUGUGAGCCUCGCCGGUCAGCAGUAUGGCUUCAGCAGGCCGAUGUGACCAAGUCUGGCCAAUGGAGGCUGUUCCAAAAAGGUGCUACACGUUUUACUGUGGAAGAAAGGUGGCUUAACGAGAAAAUGUGCCGUGAGCAUGCCCGUAACGUCACUGCAGAGCUUAUCACUUGCGUGGGAGAAAAUUAGAGAUCUCGUCAAAAGUAAUUCGGGCCAUGGAUGUGGCUCAGCGGCGAAAGUGCCUGCCUGACAAACACCAGGUCGUGAGUUUGAUCCCUGACACCAAAAAAACAAACCAAACAACAGCAGCAAAAACUUAACACAUCAUUCAUUUAGUUUAUAUUCUAGGCUGGUAAAAAAUAAUUUGUUCUCUCUUUUUCUCAUAAUCUCAAAAAUAAAUCACUUAAUUUCAGCUGCUUCUCCCCCACUUUGUGUUGGCAAACACAGGGCCUUUACGCCAAGCCAAGGCUGUGCCUCUGAGCACAGCCUUGCUGGCUCUGCUGCUUUCAGAGUUACCCCAGGGGAGCCCCCCAUGAGAGCUUCAUAAACUGUAAUUCAGUUUGGGGGCACCCUUUAAAUAAGUUUUCCAAUGAUCUUUACAUUGAAAAUUCACCUUUGUGUGGUCGGUAGUACCUGAUGGAGUUAUUCCUUCAUCUUUGAUAGGUAAUACAGUGUAUCCAACAAUCUUUGGGUGUUUUUACCACCGUGGACAGGCUUCUGCAGAGGUAUGCAAAAGUCAUGUUUCCAGAGUUUCUGUUUCUGCACUGUAUUACCUGUAAUGCGGGGAUGUUUACUUUGAAGUGAGAGUAGUGAAUUAGCACUUAUUCUUCAGAGGUUAGUAUGAGUGAAGAGAAGAUGCAUAGUUUGAUUUUCAGUGUUUAUUUUAUAGCUGUAAGUCCACAGACUUAUUAGAAUAAUCAUGCAUGAGAAGUUUAAUAGUUUCUGUAUCUUAUAAAUAAUAAUUUAAAAUUGGUGAUAUUUUUAAAAAAUACAAGGAACAAAAUCCUAAUAGGCUAUUGCUUGACAGUAAUCUAAGAGGAACUGGGCAUGGUGGGCGAGGUGGCACACGUUUUAUGUGUCUGUAAUCCUGGCUGCUUGGGAGGCAGAGACAGGAAGGUAACAAGUUCAAAGCCAGCUUGAGGCAAUUUAGAGAGUCCUUGUGUCAUUUAGAUAGAUAGACAGACGGAAUGGUAAUUAAGGAAAAAUCCAGUAUCCUUUACUCACAGAAGAGGAGAAAAAAUCCUGAUAGGGUACACAGUGCAUGACACCACCCUGUGAUGGGAAAAAGUAGGGCAGAGUUUUUUGUUUUGUUUUGUUUUUGGUAGAGUGCUUUGAGAUCUUGAAGACCAGUAUGGCAAAAUGUGUACCACAUGGAGGAAAUGAAAACAUACCAGCAAAUGCUAGGCCUGAGGCCAUUUUGUGAAUUUUAGUCUGUAUUUUAAAAGAGAGUUCACGGAGGAGUCUUGAGCAAGAGAGUAGUAUAACUAGAUUAGGUAGUGUUUUGUAAAGAACGUUCAGAUUGCCUUGUGGAGAAUAGUUCAGAGUUGGUAGCCUAGGGGAGGGUUGUGCAAAAGUAGAUAAACCAAAGAGAUGAGUUAAAAAGCAGUGUGCUUAUUGAAAAAUGGGUUUGGAAUACAGUAGUAGUGUUUUAAAUGCAGUGGUGGGGAGCUGUGCAAGGCGGUGGGUGUGACAUAAACAGCUCCUGACCUAAUAAUGUCUGGGUCUCGUCCUUUGAAGGAUGAGGACUUUUUUUUUCUCUGAAGACCUCAUAUUUUGUUUUGGACCAUUUUAAAAAAAUGCCUUUCAGAUAUCCAAACUGGAGUUUCAGAAGCAGUUAGAUGUACAGUUCAGCACCUCAAAGAGGUCUGAGCUUAGGACCGAAAUUUGCUAGGCUUAAUGGUUAAGGCAUAUCCUGUGCAAUACAGUCUUUGGGGGGUAGUUAGCCAAAAGAACAGAAUCCAAUAAAAUAACAGUUACGUAUUUCAAAAAUAGUGCAAAUCCUUUAUACGUGCCUCCAAAACACAUGAAGGUGACUUCAUCCCCCAUGCCACUCUCAUGCUGUUCUUGUUCCCUGUCUCACACUCUGUCUUCAUGUUUUUCCAUUCUUUCUUUUUGUUUUGUGGUUUCUUUCAAAAUUCUGGAAGAAGUUACCCCACUCUUUGUAUCCAUGCUACCUUUUUGGUGAUCCAUGGCUCGUCUGUUGUUCCUGACUCUUUAUUCCUGUUUUUAUAACAUGGGACUUUCCUUGCGUAGGGGCAGGGAAAGAAACUGGAACACAAAGCCAGAUGUCCUUUUGAUGGCUUAGGAACAGGACCACUGGGGACAGCAGCACAUCAGUGAUUUUUGUCACCUGAGUGAGUAAUCAGUGUGUAAUUAAAGACACUCGCCAGGUUCCAGGAAGUUGUGCUUUGGCACUGAGACAAAAUGAGUUUCUGAUUGUUGGGCACCUCCGUCAUUCAGUAACUGGGUUGGGGCACAGUGCCCAGAGGAGAUGAAGAUGCAGCCGUGCCCUGGAGCUCCUGAGCUGCCUCCUGCCCCUGGCCUCAGCGGGUCUCUCGGGAGAGCUUUUCUGGUAUUCAGGUUAGGUUCUUCUCCAGCCGGUGCAGACCCCUAUUAUCGUUCUUACUCUUGCUGACAUUAUUCAGAUGCCUGUGAUCCCUAACAGAUUCUUACCUCCGAGAAGAAGGGAGUUAGGUUCAGCAUUGUCCUGUCCUAAACCCUGUCUGUUUUGUAUAUGGCAGGAUCAGUAGGCACCUGCUUCAUUAGUCCAGACAGCUGCCCUGGUUAGGUUUCCCAUGUGUGUAUCAGCAAAUGCUCCCUACUCAGGUCUCUGUCCGGAAAUAAAGGCUUGCUCUUUAGUGAAGUAGCUCUGCCCCAUGUUCUGGGAUUAUGACUUUGAGCAGUCUGCCAUCUAGUACCUGUAAAAAGUCUAGGGACAAUAAAGACUGUGACGAACUGUGGUGCAGCUGGGCUGCAUCAGGUGUGCCCUCCAGGACUGCUUUCUCUGAGUGCUGCUUUGCUGUUACUCCGUGGCUUAUAGUGAGGGAUAGGAAAACUAACCUGCUUUUAACUCCUGGGUUCACUGCAGGGGUAGAGGACGAAGUGAUAGUUUACUGUGUUUUCCUGAUAAGGACUGAUAGAAAUGUUUUCUUUUUGUCAAGGUGCAUUUGUAAGAAAGUUUAUUUGCCCUGCUAGGAUUUGUGGGUGUCUACCAGGAAGGUGAAAGGAAGCACACUCAGUGUGCCAUUGAAGUGUCUGUUCAAGCCCAAUUUGUACAUAGGAAACGUACAAAUUCUAGCUUUCCACAGUGGCAUCAGAAGUUUGGUUUUGUGGUUUAGGAAAGAGACACUGUGAGGCCCUUGGUUUGAACUCCAGCACGUGCACACACACACACGCACACCACUCACACUCAAGAAGAAGCGGACAGCACGCUGGCCGUUACAGUUGCACUGGCUGUCAAGGACAGCACGUGGCAGUGACUGGCGAGGUCACUGGCUAUGCGUUCGAGGUAAGAACCGCAAUGACUCCAGAGCAGAAACAAGGCGUUCUCCAGGUUAGCUAUAAAGUUGCGGAGUCAGUCCAGCCGUAGGAAAAGCAGUGGAAGUGAGUCCAGGGUGAAAUGGAAGCCGAGAGCCAGGAAGGUGUGAGCGCAGCCCUGCAGCCCGAGUCUGCGUGGUCACCGUGUGCCCAGCUCGCCGGGCCACUUCCUCUGCCUCCAUUCUGUGUGUCCUGAGUGAUUCCCUGUGUACAUGGUGAGUGCUGCCCCCACUCAUGCUUCUGUCUGAGGUCAACCUGUGUAAGACUCAUUUAUGUCUUACAUUUCCAGGAGUCUGUAGUUACACCACCCUUGCACUCAUAUAUUUUGAGCUUCUUCCACCUUUAUCUCCUUUCUGGCUCCAUUUUUCCUUUAUUUGCUGGGCUUAUUUAUCCUCGUAAGUCAUCGCAAAGGUUUUGAGUCUUAGGAGUUUGUAGACAUCUGUAACAUGGGACUCAUCGAUUGUCUGUGGGAACGGAUUUGAUGCAAACCUUAUCUCGCUGGAUCUUCUGGACUCUUCAGCAGAGCCCUGCUGGACCUGUGGACAUCCCUUUAUUUUGGUUUUCCCUUCAGGAAGUAGCCUUUCGGUUCUGCCUUUCUGUAACCCUCUGCCCAUUUUCUGAACUUGAAAGAAUUUCCAAACUUGUGAAAAUAAUUGCCUGUAUUAUAACUUAGUUGUUUAACAAACUGAGUUUAGGCAGAGACAAAGUUGGCAAUAAAGGGAAGAAAAAGCUAAUUAUUGCCCUCUUACUCAUACUACAUUUUGAAUUUUUUUCAAGAACAUUUCAACAUUUAGAUUCACCCUAAAAGUUAACACUCAUUGAUCAUACUAAGGAUAAAUUAAAUUAAAAUAAAUCGAAGAAAAUUCAAAUGACAUAAAUGUAUACGAUGAUUUUAAGUGUCUACAUUUUGUUUCCACUUCUACUUUAAGGAGUCAGGUAAUAUGGGGUAAUUUAUUGUGAUCAGGUCAAGUUAAUAGAAUCUUUUAAUAUUGGUUUUUAUUGUAUAUACCCUUUAGUUUAAAAACAAGUGUAUUUUUAAAAAUAUAUUUGCAAAAAUCGAUUUUCUAAACCAAUGCAUUUUCAUUAUUUGUUAACAAAUCGAACUUUUCAAGCUAUUUCUUUAAAGCUCUUUGGAAAGUUAUUCCUUAUCCUUCCGGUCAUCUAAAUUUAUCACAGGGCUUUAACUAUGCAGGCUGGUGAACCUUCUUUCCUUUUGAUCCUGCAUCCUGGCGGUGCCUGGGUAGUGCUUGUGUAAGGACAGUUUUGGUGGAUGAGUCAGGCGCUGAGUCACAGGCAGCAUGAAGCCUCUGGUGUUCCAUACUAACGAAUUGGAAACAGCUUCAAAAUUAAUUAAGGCACAGUUGUCAGCUCACUGCUUCUGAUUGACAUCCUACCAAAGCACUUUGUCCUUUGGCAACUUGCUUAAUUGUUCUUUGAUAUUUAGGUUUUGUUUUGCUUUAUGAAUUUUUUUAAAUCUACUGAAUAGACUUGUAGUUGUCAUGUUGAUUUUUUAAGAGGUCUUUUAUGAACCCAUAUCAUCUGGGUUUAAUUUCUUCCUUGUUUGGUGUCUUUUCCCCCCCUUAAAAAUAUUCAACACAAUUGCUUUUCUUUUUAUCUUGUUAAUUUAUCAGCAGCAAGAGAAGCCUUUUAUGCUCCGAAGAACUGGUUCACACACUAGCGGUGUACUGAUUUGUCAUAUAAGAGUAUACUUUCCUUUUGGUCAUUAUGUAUUUUAUGUACUAGUACAAAAUUAUAUGACUUGCUAUGAUUCUUUUACCUUGUAAUAAUUUGAACUUAAAAAGUCAUUAAAGAUAAUUUUUUUUUCAACUUGAGCUCAUAUUUGUUUGAAAGAAAGUAUUUCACUUAGAUACUGGUUUUUCAUAGGGGGAUUGAUUAGGCAUUCCUCAUGUUUACAGAAGACUAACCUAGAGGAAAUCAAGAGCAGGGAAGUAUUUUGGGUGAAGAGAGCUAGUGUGUUCUAGCAAGAUAAUAAAAUGUUAGGGUGAAUCACUGGGAAAAUAAGACAGAGAAGAGAACUCACAAAUAAGUGUGUAGCAGCUCUUACGUGCUGUUAUAUAUUAUUUCCUCUCAAACUCCAGAAUCUCUGUAAGACAGGCAUGAUUCAUCUACAGUGAAAUGUGUAACUUGAAGCUCCAUGAGAUAACAGCUUCUUUAAAGUCCUCGGCAGUAUCUGUAUAGUAGCACUGGGAGCGACCUGUGAUAGUAUGUUACCGCGCUGUCUGAUGUGAGCCUCAGACAUUAUCCUACAGAAGCUGAAGAAGAACAUUUGAUCUAGUUAUAUAAUAGAAAAAUAUAGGGCAAUAGACAUUACACAGACUUGAGCCCUUUCUCUAAAUGUGAUUUUUGUAGUUGUAGAUUAAAAUUGAGACACAUUCUACAACUGAUGACAGCUCAUGAUUUAAUUGGCAGCAUGUUUCCUUAAUGGUAUGUUAAAUAUAAUGCUGGAUUUUAUAAUCAGCAUCAUCUUAGACUUAGUAAAAUAAAGUCUGUGAUGGAAUAUAUUUGAUGGAAUACAGUGUAUGGUCUUUCUUAUAAAUUUUGUUUGUAAGCUAAGAAAUUUUAAGGACAGCCAUUUGACCUCUUAUUUUUUUCAUUCAUUAUCUCCUAAAUUUGUUCUCAUGAGAUGACCUUAAAAAAUUCUAUGAUCAAAUAUGUUUUAGAAACUUAACAUAGGGUUAGGAAAUGAUCUUAGUGGUCGAGUGAUGACAUAGGACCUGCAUGGCCUUGGUUUGAUCCUCAUCAUCACAAAAACAGAAAGAAGGAAAAGUAUGUCAUACCCUUGUAACUUCUUAGAGUGCACGAGUCUAUAGAAAUGCUAGCAGAAAAGGCAAGUAAAGUCAAUGUUAACUCGUUGAAAGGAGUUGUCGUGCCACAGAACCCUCUCGCCUUUCUUACCUCUUGUGAAUGUACCUCGGGAGCUUAACACUUUGCCGGUGCAACCUGGAAAGAUGCUGGGUUCCCUACUUGCUUGCCUAACAGUGAGCAUCGCCAGUUAAGAGACUAUCCUUUGGGAGAGUCAACAGGGUUUCUUUUUAGCUUUCUUCCCUGCUUUUCUUUUGUUUGACUCUUUUGCUCACUGAUCAGCCUUAGCCACAUUGUUUUAAAUUUCUUGGGUCAUUUCUUUUGUGUAGUUUUUCUUCAUUUGCUGACAAAAUUGCAAUAUUUGCAAUUUAUUAAAAGAUAUUUGUAGUUUUAUUAAGAUUCUGAACAGCUAGAGAAUUGCUGGUAAGGUAUAAAUUGCACAAGAAAAAGAAAAUGUGUGUUCUGGCAUUUAAUGACAUACAAAGGUCAGUAGGACCUGGGGGCCUUUUCCCUGUCUUACGCUGAGCACUGCAGAGCAGAACAUUUCAUCUUCAAGGGUGCAGGACGGAGUAAAUCUCCAUUCUCUGCUACUUUGCAUGCUUCCUACUCCACUCUCCCUGACAUCUAGACCCACUUUACCAGUUCUGUGUGUGUAGGAUUACUCAUUCAGCCCCGUAAUACUAGAUCAUGCUUAUUCCAAUUCUUCAUCACUCUUAUUGCAUUGCUUCUGGUGGCCUUCCUUUGGCACUUUGUAAAAUAAGAGCGCUUGCUGAUGUCUAGCUUUCCAGGCCUGUCCUAAGCCAGUUCCUUUUUAUCAUUGUCGUUACGAUCUAUCAUCCUGUUGCUUAAAUUGUCGGAUGUUUCAGUUCUUAUUACAACUUUUCCAGUUUCUUCCUUUCCUGUGUCUGGUAUUUAUAGUGUAUAGUAAUAGUUUGUGCUGGCGGUGGUAAGUGUGGUCUGCAGGUAUUCCUGAGUUUGUAUUUUGUUCCUACCACCACGGUAGCCAUUAUGGAACUUAUUCAUUCUUUGUUUUUAAGGACACUGUGAUCUCAGCAAGGCAAAGCCACUAAUUCAUAAUUUAGUACAUUCAUACCAUAUGAAGGGGCCCAGGGAAGUCUGGUACUUUGGUAAAGGGUGUGAAAAGCGAGGGUAGACAUGUGGAUGGGCACCAGCUGUAGCAGUUUGACUGUCAGUAUGAGACUCUGCUAGGCUGGAGCAGCAUUAGAUAAAGGCAAUAAUAUGUUUCCAAUUUAGUCUGAAAACUUGAAUUUAAGACUCACUGCUUUGUUAGCAGCACAUAGCCUGGAUUUUCUUAUUCCUUUUCUGAUUUUAUUUUAGCCAUUUCUACUUUGAAGAAUCUUAUGUCAUAGGGUUUCUCUAUUGAUUAGAUUAGACAUGGUUCAUAAAAUAUUUAACAUGCAGUACUUGGUGCAGCCUGAAAUGACAAGAAAAGAUGGUGAGAAGUACAGAAACAAGGGUGUUGCGGAGUGUGGACGUGUAUGGCAGGGAGAGUGGGUGUUGCACCAGCAGUCUGCCCCAUGGCGCAGUCGGCUAAGGUCAGCAGACAGACCGUGCCAGUGAAAUCAGAAAGGCAGACUUCUGAGCCUGCUCUGUGAUUCACACAUGGCUUUUCCUUUCAGGCCACAGUGCCUUUAUGGAUAAAAUAAUACAUUUAGACUAGCUAAUUAGGACCAGGUGUUUAUCUCAGCUGUGUAAGUGCCUGCCUGGCAAGCCUGAGGUUGCGAGUUCAAUCCCUCAUACCAAAAGAAAAAAAAAAAAAAAGCACUAAUUAUUAAAAGGAAUGAUUGUGAAUUAUGUUAUAUGAUACUUUAGGAGGGUACUGGGGAUUGAACCAGAACAUUGUCACUGACUACCUGCUCACCCCUUUUCAAAAUUUGUAUUUUGAGAUAUAUACAAUCUUGUUAGGUUGUCCAGACUGGCAACCCUCCUGCCUCGGCUUCCCAGGUAGUUGGGAUUAUGAGGGUGUGCUGCGGUGUCUUUAAAGAGGAUGUUUCUUAGGCAGCAAUGGUGACAUCAGACAGGACAGCCUGUGCAGUUGGCUCAAGGAGGUAGACAGAUGUUUCUUUUACAAAAGGGCAGCCUAUCAGAGUCAGUCUUGCAGUUUCUCUACCUAGCUGUUUGAAAUAAGCCAACCAAACCUGUGUCACUGUGGCAUAUUUUAGGGUCCCACAGUGGUUUAAGGAGAACAUGAAAGUGGACCCAUCUCUUUUAUCUCACUGUACUGUUUCUCAUGGAUUUUCCAUCCCUAACUGCAGGUGACUUUCCAGAAUUCAUCUGCUUACAAUAGAAACAUAAUUUUCUCUAGGAGAAAGAUCUCUGUGGAAAUCACUAUGACAAACAUUACUUAAAACUCACUUACAUUUGCAUGUCUCAGACUGAAAGGUGAUGACAGUUCUGAGGCAUGCAUGUAUCUCUGAGAUGCUUUGCAGCUGGAAGCCACCCAUUUCUUCAUGGAGAUGACUGCAGAGCUUAGGAAAGGAAAGUGGGUAGUGUUUCGUGACACUGCUAUUGGACGUGGCCAGGCGGGGUAGCCUUUUUAGGCUUCCAGCACCAUGCUGAUGGUAGGCCUGGCAUCACUUCUGUAAGGCCCACUGGGGACUGUCGGUCCUCACCCGGCAAGAUUAGACUUGGAAGAUUUGCCAGUCCUGCCCUGCUUUGUUCCCCAGAGGCUCCCACACUUCUGCCUCCUAUUCUACUGCCAGGAAAGCAGUGGAGCUGGAUUGCCGAUCCCUUGCAGCUUAUGGUAUUAGUGUAGCACUGACGUUUUGGGUUUAGCACAUAACAAGAAAACCCUUGUUAUUUGCUUUCUUGUCUUUCCUUUCUGUAGUUGCUUGUUGCCAUCUCCUGUUCUUCUGCAUCUCUCUUCUUGGGCUGUGACAUUGAGAUGGCUUUGUUUAAGAGUUACUAAGAGCACGUAGGAAUUGGGUUCCUAUCUUCUCACUCAAGCAGUCACACAAAACUAAUUUAUGUAUCCUUUUGUAUAUGGAAAGAGGAGAUAGGACAAAAAAAUAAAAGAGGAGAAAGUGCGGAUGUUAAGUAGGGACAGGUGCUUUAAGAAUACUCAUACUAAUUUUGAUAUAAGGAUGAUUGUAAACAAUGAAAGAUCCAGGGCUGGGGAUUUAACUCAGCAGCAUAAGCACCUGCCUGGCAAGUGUGAGGUCGUGCAUUUGAUUCCUGCCUGGUACCACAAAAAAAAAAAAAAAAAAAAAAAAAAAAAAAAAGAAAAA